GAAUUUCAGUUAGAUAUAAACGAUCGAGGAAUACUCGAGCGAUCAGAGCAAAGUCGUAUGUAAUAGAUCUGCGAGGUUGCCCUGACUAUUAUGAGGCUGGCAAUCACUGUAAACAUCUGCGUAAGAAGGAAUCAAGUAACAAUACGUUAAUUAGCGCUCGUCAAACAGGCUCAAUGUUAUCUCAAUUCGAACAUGAUUACAUUAGAUGUUAAAGGAGUUACCAAUCUCGAUGAGUUCUACCUAUCCCACUAAAUUAAAUGCUUCGGAAAUACCAGAGAUGCUGGGCUUGCGUUAACAAAAAGCGGACAUUGAAUGCAUAUAUAUUCAUAUACUUACACAAAAAGGAUAUCACAGUUAUAAAGCUGACACAUGGCCCUGUCAUAUUAUGUUAGAACGUUUAUCCCCCGAAGUCAAAUGCUAACAGACUCUGUCGAGAUUGAGUAGGAGGGUGAACGUGUUAAGUUAUUGUUGGAUGCAUCGGAUCGAUAGAACUCUAGAACCGUCUGAAAGUUCCAAAGGCGAAAUCAUCUAGAAACUAACAUGAAUACUUUAUAGUAAUAUCGCUUACCUCAGUCAGUCUAUAGAAAAACUAAUUAGAGAGUAAGAUAACGUUAGAGCGCAAGUCAAGACAUCUUAUGCGAGCUAUCAAUCUAAACCCUAUAAUCUGAGAUAAUGAUGGCAUUGCGCGUCUUCUGCUAGCAUUUAAGGAUUAAAAGAAAUAUUUACAAAGAUUGUGAAAUAAAUUGAGGAUCAAAUAUUCGAUAUUAGGAUAACCUCGUUCUCCCCAGGUCAGUAACUACUUGAUUUAUCGAUCUAUGGGUCAAGUCUGUUGAUACGCCAAUCAAUAUGUAUCGACACGUAAUAAGUACGGAACGGCGUCGGAGGCCUUACAAAAGGAGUGCCUCGACCCCGGAGAUGGCAUCGAAAAGCCUGGCUGAAGCGAUGAGUCAAAUCGAAUGUGAACUUUUGCCUGUGACAGCAGAGCAGGAUGAGACCAUACUUGAGGAUGAUAGUAGUGAGGAGAUCAAUGAGUGCUCUAAGUUGUUGAAACAUAACGAGCUUGUGGAUAGCAAAACUAUGGCGAGUGCUGCACACACAAAAAGUCCUAAUGUAGCUCUGGAGACAGCAAAAAAGGAGAAACGAACUAGAUUUCAACCUCAUAACUCUCAUGGAUAUAUGGAUAUUCAUAAGGAAACUGAAACAAAUCUCUUGCUCAACCCCGAACACUUGGAAAAUGUGGGGACGUCAAGUACGCUUCUAAACAGAGUGAAACAGAAAUUAAAAUACAAAGUUUUGAGGGCAAGUGAAGUAGUCAUGCUCCAAACCCAGUCGGAUAUUACUGGAACAAGUCAAAGAUUCAGCUUGGAUAAAAGUGCAAUUGCGAUGCAUGAUUUGAACGCGAAUAAGCGUCUACAACGGAGCAACAGUACGCUUUCACGAACCAGGUUUCAGACAGAACCUGCCACGUCAUUAGAUAGACGCUCGAGUUUGAAAGAACAGCGAAAAAGCAGUUUUCGCCGAUAUCAUACAACAUCCUGUCAAAGUCCAAUUGAAAUACUCUCUAAUGAUAUGAAAGCAGCGUCUUUGAAACCACGUAAUGAUGAAGGUAUAGUUUGUUCGAGCGAAGAUCUUGAAUCGAUUUUAGUGGAUUUCAAGAAAACUAGUUCAAAACGACCUCCUAACAGAGCCAUGUCAAUGGACACAAGUGUUGUAAAGAAGCCAUCUGACAAACCACGAUCAGUAGAUCGCUCAAUAUCUUGCCCAAAUUCUGCGGCUAUCAGUCAUGCCAUGAAACUUCACAAUACUACUGUAAAUGAGACGUUAACAGAGAUGGUGGAGCCAGUUAAAGGGAGUCCUAGUCCAGGUGACGAUCAUGAAAAUUUGUAUCCAAAUGUCUUAGUGAAUAAAGGGGCUAAGCCAAAGACUCCAAAAAUGGGUAACGUUGAUCAUGGUCAUGUUGACACUCACCUUAACACAAGUGAGAGUUCUCGAAUUACAAUUGAUGGCGAUGAGAAAAUUACACAAGAUGAAGAGACUAUAAACCCUCGAAAAGCACCACCGGAAAUAGUAUUUGAUGAGUCUGGUCAGACAUGGGAUGUAUAUGGAGCAGAACUCGAUCCAGAAAUGUUAGGAUUGGCCAUCCAACGACACCUUGAGUCAAUGCUCAAUAAGAAACGACUUGCUAUGAAUGAAAUAAGUGAAAAACUUGAAAAGAUUGACAAUCCGGAAUUCAAAAAUAACAACACUUUUUCCUCGAUUUUUAAUUUCUUUUGCUUUUUAAAACCUGACAAAGGGAAAUGCUGAUACAUCGCAUCUGUUAAGCUGCUUCCUCAAUAACGCAUGGCUGGUAAAUCAAUAGUUUUUAUAGAUCUGAUCAUGGUUCGGAGCUGGUAAACAACAAAAUUCUUUCAAACCUAGUCUCUUGAAAAUAGAUUCACGAUAAAAUACAUACACUGUACGUAAGCAGACAGAAACAUAAGUUCAAUAUUCACAGAUCUCAUCGCCCCGGGACUUGCAUUAUAAUACAUAUGACUGUACAGUAUAGAUAUAUCCAUUGAGACCUAUAUGAUUCCACUCGGAAGUGUUAUUCAUUUUUGAAUCGCAUGUAUGUGUUUGACUGCUUCACCUGUGCAUUGUAUGAUGUUAUUUAAUGGUUGUGAUAUAUUCUAACAUUUCUAAUAUACACAAAGAAAAAACAAAAUAUCAAUCAUUUUCAAUUUUCUCCUGCUGUAAUGAUACAGAAAUUACACCUGGUUGCGUGGCUUCAGUUCAGAUGAUCUUGCCAUUGGAGACAAACAAAUAGUUCCAU